AUGGGCUGCGGAUACUCACGAUGCUGCGACGACCCUCACGAUUAUUACUCUUGUUCCAACGGCUACCGGCCAAUAUAUCCUGACCCAGUCGCCUACCAAUCGAUCAAUGGAGCACUUCGCUACUACGAUUGCCAGGGAUACGGGCCUCCUUCGCAAUACCACCCGUCAACGCAACAGGGACCGCCACCGGAGUGGGCGUAUCCACAGCAUCAGUACCCAGUAUACAGGAAGACAAAACGCCAGCGCGACAAUGAGAAUGCUGGUGCCUUGGCCGCAACUUCCAAUAUCUUGUUGGCAUCUGCCGCUCCAGCUUUCAGCAGUCGGUCAACCAGCAAGCUGCAAUGGGGUCCAUGUCAAUCAACAAAUACGACCGUCACGGCCGGGCUGCAAUGCGCGACGUUGCCUGUCCCCCUCGAUUACCAAGAUGAGCAGUGCAACCAGACGCUCUACUUGAACUUGGCGAGAUCCCCUGCUGAAGGACAGUCCAAGGGCACGAUUCUUGUCAACUUUGGUGGGCCAGGCCUUGAUGGUAGGAACAACCUUGUUAGCUCAAAUGGGGUACCGGUAUUAGGGUUGUCAGAAUACGACUGGGUUACUUGGGAUCCAAGGGGCACAGGGACGACUCUCCCCGCCAACUGCUACUCAGACACAGCCGUUUCGACAAAUGCAAGCGCCGCGAUACCAUUUCCCCAGAAUGCCACUGUCCCUGAGAUCUCCAAGGCCUGGGAUGCUGUAACCAACAUCACGUCCACUUGCAAAGACACACUUGGCGUGAACGGCACUCUCAUUGGAAGUGCAUACACUGCAAGAGAUAUGUUGCAGAUCGUUGAUGCGCUCGGCGAGGAUGGGCUGCUUCGAUACUAUGGGAUGUCGUACGGCUCAGCGCUGGGCCAAAUCUUUGCCGCCAUGUUUCCAGAUCGAGUUGGCAGGAUUGUCAUUGAUGGAGUGCUCAACCCUCAUCAGUACAUCACUGGAACCGAUUAUCAACAGCUCGCCACUACUGAUGCAGUUCUCGACAACUUCUUCAGCUCUUGCGAAGCCAGACCUGAGAUCUGCAACCUCACCAUGCUCGACACAUCGCAACAAAGUCUGCGGCAACAAUUCAACAACAAGCUGGACAAACUCCAGAAGGAUGGUCCAGACGCUUCCUUCAGCCCUCUGCUCCGGUACGAAACAUUGGUCUCGUCAGUGUUGGCAACUCUGAAAUCACAUGCACGCUGGCCUCAGACUGCAACCCUUUUAUAUGCGAUCCUUUCGGACAACAAGGCACUGUACACCAAAUUGUCUUCGGCGUCCGCUGAGAGUGCCUCCGGUACUCCUCAGGCCUUCCCCGGCGUCUCAGCGAACUCAUUCGGGGAGAUUACUUCGGCCAUUCGCUGCUCAGAUGUCUUAACACGCAUUCCAGACCCGGCAGCCGAUGUUGAGCUCGCGAAGCCCUUUUUCCCGCAGAGCCGGUUCGAAGGGGGUUUGCUCGUCGCAGAGACCCACAUCCCAUGCAUGUUGUGGCCGUUCAAGGCGAAAGAGCAAUACACGGGGAACUUCGACGUCAAGACCAAAAAUCCGAUCCUCGUGGUGAGCAAUAUCUACGAUCCGAUAACCUCGCUGGAUGCUGCUCUCAACGCAAGUGCCACAUUCCACGGUAGUGGAUUGCUGGUACAAGACUGGUACGGUCACGUAAGCACAACUGGGGUUUCAAAAUGCAUGGCCUCUCAUCUCAGAGAUUACUUUGCCAACGGAACGCUGCCGGAGCGUGGUACCGUUUGCGAGGCGGAUAUUCCUGCGUUUUAUAUUGAGGAAGAAUUAUUGGCUGCAGCCAAGUCUGUCUUAAGCGGCUAG